CAAUUAAACUAAAACUUGAAAUCAUUUUCUUUCGCCAACAAUUAACCAAUCAAUUGUUUUCUUUGUUCGUUUCUUAACGAAUCCUUAAUUAUAACAUCGGGUUGUCUUUUAGAACAUAAAUAAAACUCAAUUAUCUUAAUUCUGUUCGUCGAUAUGUCCAAAUAUCUUGAAAAACUGGACGAUGCUCUGGACACGGUGUUUACCGGUUCACCAAAGACCGAUAAGGUUUUCAAUUGUUUGGAGAUUGUUACUCAUUUGGAAAAGUUAAAAAUCGCCAAAUUUUUUCUCAUCAUCAUAUCGAUUUAUAUGAUCUUUGGUGCUUUCGCUGAGUUAAUUUGUAACGGUGUCGGUUUUAUUUAUCCAGCGAUUUGUUCACUCGACGCUCUUGAAACUCACCAACCGGAAGAUGAUACCAAAUGGUUAAUAUAUUGGGUCGUUUUUGCGACUUUUUCAUUAAUCGAAUUUUUUUCCGAUAAAAUAUUCCAUGUUUUCCCUGUUUAUUAUUUGGCGAAACUAAUUUUUCUUAUUUGGUGCUUUUGGCCUACCGCAGAAAAUGGUUCCAUGCGAAUUUAUAAGAAAAUUAUCAGGCCAUAUUACCUGAAGAAAAGAGAUUCAAUUAUAUCGAAACCAGAGGAUCCCGAACCUGACCCAUCAGAACGAACUCAGGGAAGUCCAACUAGAGGAUCGAUAAGUUCAAUGGGAAAAGAAGAUUGAAAUUCCGAUAUUCGAAUGGUUUUUUGCUUCGAGAAUCGAGAGCGAAAAUCGUAGUAACACUUAAUUGAAUCGCUUUUGUUUAACCAAGGAAACUAUUUCAAUCUAAUCAACAUUUCAGAGUUUUGAAUGAUCACAAUUAACGAGGUUCAAGUUGAAAAAGCAAAGAACAGAAUUUACAUGUAAAUUAGUGAAUAAAAGUAAUUAAAGUAAAGGAAUUAUUUUAAUAAUCGAUCAAUUUGUUUCUCGCAAUUCAAUGUUUCCUUUGUCGAAUCCUUCAAUUUACAACAAUACACUUUAAUUACUUCGAGUA